ACGCAAAUGCCCGCGGCGCGGCUCAGCGACGCAAUUCUCGGAGCACUCGCCCCGCUCGUUUUCGCUGGGGUCAAGCCGCUGCUCUUGGACGCGCUGCUCCGCGAUGCUCUGCGGGCGCCCGUCGCGGUGGUCGGCGACGCGGCCCCCGCGGCCGCAUGCGUCCAACUCGUGGACGUUAGUGUCGAGAUGCUGCUCUGCGGCGUGCUUCUCGAUAUUGAGAUGUUAUAUCCCGUGGCGCUUGUACUGAUUAGCAGCGCGAUGCUCGAGGCGGGGCUCGCCGCGCUCGCGGGCGUCGGGGACGCGGCGCUUGAGGCGUUGCUCGCCCCGCGCGUGGGCGUCGGGGAUCAGCCGCCACUCUCCGCAAUGCUCCUUGACGUCGGGGUGCCAUCGUCCGUCGCGCUGCUCAGGGACAUCGCGCCCGAGGCAGCGCUCGCCCCGCUGGCGCGCGCCGGGGCCGAGCGAAUGCUGUCCGACGUGCUGCGAAAUAGUGCGCCACUGGUCGCCGUCGCGCCAGCUGGCGACGUGGCGCGCGAGAGCGUGGUCGCGGUCAACGACGCGGUACUGGAGGGGGCGAUCGCCACGCUCGACGCGCGACUCUCCGACGCGCAGCUCAAUCUCGAGGCGCUGGCGCCCGCCGCGCUGCGCGGCGACGCGGCGCAGGUCAGGUUCAUUCUGGUUCUCGCCGACGCGCUGCUAAAGGGCGCAGCGCUGGGGCCCAACGCGGUGUUCAACGACGCGGCGCUCAAGACGGCGCCCGCCCCCGUGGGCGUCUGGGCCCAUAUCCGGACUGUCGACGUGCGGUUCCACGUUGAGGUGCUGUGUCCAAUCGUUCUGUUCGGCGGCGUGGUAUUUGGCGCAAUCAUCCCGCAUGCGGAAGUCUGUGUAGAGCUGCUAUUCCACUCCGCGCUGCCCAGCGAUGCGCAGCUGGCACCCGUCGCGAGGGUCAGCCACGCAGCGGUCGAGACGGCGCUGGCCAGUCGUCGCGGCAGAGCUGCUGCUCUCCGACGCGCAGCUGUUGCAGGUCGAGAUGCCAGUAUCCGUCGCGCGGCACUCGAGGCAGCACUCGUCCCACCCGAAAACGUCGGGGUGGAGCCCCUGCUCCCCGGCGUGCUGCUCUGCGUCGCUAUGCCAGUGCCCGUCGCGGUGGUCAUCGGCGUGGUGCCGGGGGCAGUGCUCGCCCACCUCUUAGACGUCAUGGUCGAGGCGCUGCUCUCCGACGCGCAGCCGAACGAUGCGCGGCCAGCGCCCGUCGGAAUGGUCAGUGGCAUGGCACUUGAGACAACACUCGUCCCAUACGCGAAUGUCAGAGCCGAGCUGGAGCUCGCCGACGUGCAACUCAACGUUGGGGUGCUAUCUCCCGUCGCGUUAUCAGUUCCCGCCGUGGCUGCCAAAAACGCGGCAUUCGACGAGGACGCCAUGCCUCCCGUGAGCGCCAGGGUCAAGCUGCUGCCAUCCGGCAAGCAGCGGCAGGUACCAGCCAUGGUGCUCAGCGACACGGUACUUGAGGCAGUGUUCGUCGUGGGCGUUCGGAUCGGCCUGCCGCUGCCCGACGUUCUGUUCAUCAUCGACAUGUUGGUUGUCGUUGCGUGGCUGGGCGACGUGGUACUCCAGGCAAUGCUCAUCUCACCCAUGCGCGUCAGUGCAGAGCUGGUGCUUUCCGAAAUGCUGCUCAGCGGUCAGGUUGUUACUCUCUCUGGCGUGCUGAGCACUGUCAGGAUGUCCGUGCUGGUGGUGCUCGAUUCCGUUGUGAUGGGCAGGGCCAAGUGCCUGGCACUGCACGUGGUCCACUCAGACUUGGUGCUCAUUGCGUUGCUCGUGAAAAGUCGCGGGCGCAAGCUCUGGCGGGAUGGCCGCGACCAUGGCGGCGAGAACAAUGAGGAUCUGACUGGCGCGAUGCUCGGCGGAGUGCG